CUGAGAUGAGGGUCAGUCACACCAGCACUGCCCUCCAGCCCCCCAACACCACCUGUCUGAUCUAAGCUUUGCCAUGUUGCUGCCACUGCUGGGGGCCUGUGCCGUGGUGGGGCCUUUCUGGGGCUCCGAGUGGGAGCCAGUGCAGGGCCUGCUGCCCCAGGACUGCAGGUGCAGGGAUCCCCGGUGCUGUGGCAACCUGCUUGUCCUCUGCCUCUUUCUGAUCUGGCAGGUCCGGCAUUUUUGGUAUCGGGUUAUCAGGAUGCGCUCCAGCAAGAAGAACAUCAGCAAGGAAUCGAACUCAAGACCUCGAGCUUGCCAGGGGCCACUGCAGAACUGGAUAGUUCCCCCCAAGAGACGCACAGCUCCCUUUGAGCCCAGCCCUGCAUUCUCCAGUCCCAGCCACCUGAGGGACCUGGAUGCUUACAUCCAAUAUGGGGCACCAAAUCUGAGAUGGAGAUACCAGAGGAGCCGGCAGGAAGCCUGGGCCCAGUGCCUGUUCUGUCCACGGCAUCCGAGUCGGGGCUCACCAUGGCGUGGCUGCAGCCUCUCUGAGCUCAUCUUUGGCAACUCCUCCCUUUCAAGCACCUGUCUGUUCCCUCGGAACAGUUCCUGGGAGUCACGGCACAUUCCCUGGUGUCAAGGGGACAGCCAGCUUCACUCUGCCCUGCACAUGUGGCAAAGGACAGAGCAGCUGCUGGUUCACUCCCAUGAGAUGCUGGUGCCCCUGGAGCACAUGGCCAGCAGAAGGGCCGGGGCCACCUCCACAACCUUCGCUCUCUCUCUCCCAGACCUCCCUACAGCUCAGAGGCUGCAGGCCUGCCCUAGAGAGUCCCUGCCUGGUCCUUCCCGCCUACAACUGGAAAUGCUCACCUGGGAAGCAUGGGGGAGCUCACAGCAGACCUGGACCCCUUGGAGUGACACUCUGACAGUAGCCAGAGAGUAUAGUAGAAAGACCCAGGCUUCUGAGUCAGGUGACCAAAAGGGCAGAGAAAUCCAGGCACCCAAGGGGCAAGUCCCAACAGACUCUGGAAUAGGGGACACUGUCGAGGCAAAGGCCUUGGGAUGCAGAGAGCAGAGCCUGGUCAUCAGAGAAACUGAGGGAGAGAUCCCGAUGCCAAAGUGGGAGAACCAGCUGGGAGUUGAGAAUAGAGCCCGAGCUGAGGAACUAGGGAGGAAAACCCAGAGGGCGGCUUCAAGUGAGAGUCCUCCUGAAACCCAGGCUUACGCAGAAGACAGCCAAGCACAGUUAAGGUGCAAAACUGAUGUAGGGACUCAAACUCCAGAGAAGGGGUCCCAGGGUAAGAACAGAGAUGAGGACGCUGUGCAGACACAGACAUAUGAUGGGAAGAACCAGAAAGAGGCUAGAGAGGCGGAAGAGGGAGAGAGGCAGGCCCGGGGACUGGAGAAACAGGGCCAUCCUGGAGGGGACAAUGGUGAGGAGGCCCUGUCUCCAGAGCAGAGGAAACAGAACCAGAUGAGAGAAGACAGUGAUGCAGAAACCGAGGCCAAAGAGGGGAGAAAUAAGGGCCAGGAUGGAGGUGGGGAGGCUGGGGGAGACCACCUGGAAGUCAAGCAACAGCAUGGUGCAGAGAGCCAGGCCCGGGAGUGGGAGAAACAGCGGGGUACUGGAAAUGAGAGGGUUGUAGAAAUCCAGACGCCAGUCAGGGAGAAGGGUCAGGGUGAAAGCCAGCAAGCUGGGAAUGCGGAAGCACCCUCGGGAGAGACCUGGACGUGGUCAGAUCAUGCUACUCAGGUUGGGGGAGAAGACCAGGGCCUGGGGAGAGGCAAGGACACUAAGGAACCUCAGCUGUCUACAAAGAAGGCAUUCAGGGAGAUAAGGGAGGUGGACUGGGUGGUGAUCAAGGCACCCUGGUGGGGAAACCAGAGACUUGUAGUGAGUGAGCUUAACAGGGAACUCAAGACACCCUGUCAGUGGAACCAGUACCAGAACCAGGCUGGUGAUAAAAAUAGAGGAGAAAUUCAGGCGACAGAGGAGAGCGAGCAAAGAAAGGGUGGAGACAGCACCCAGGGGCAUGAGAAAGAGAACAAGGGACAGUUCAGAGGGGAAAGUGAUGUGGAGACCUGCCUAGCGGGAAGAAACCACAAGGAGUGGUUCAGACAUGGAAACGGAACUGACAUUCAGGGGCCGGGAAAGCCAAACCCAGGAGGAACUCAAGGGGAGGGCGGUGUCGAGAUCCAGGAAGUUGGGAAAGAAAGUGAGCUGGGAAACGAAUUUCAUGGAAGGAGUUACUUUCCAAAGUGCAAGAACCAGGAACAUGGCAGAGGCAAGGAUAGUGCAAAUAUUCACACACUUGAAACAGAGACCUGGGGAGAAUUAACAAGCGAGAUGGACAGAGAGACCCAGCCAGCAGAGCGGAAGAAAGGAGAGCAGGCUGAGAAUGGGGAAGAAAUCCAAAUACCAGUAAUAAGAAACUCAAGAGGAGCUGGAGGGGAGGCCGGGACAGAGACAGGGACAGCUGGGGAGGGAAGCCAGGGCCGAGCAGGAUGUGGUAAGGACAGGAAGAGCCCUUCGGCAGAGUGGGAGAAUCAGGAACAGAGAAGUGAGGAUGGAACCGAAAUCCAGGCCCCAGAGAAGGGAAAGCAGAGAGUCCCUGGAGGAGAAGGUGGUUUAAAGACCUGGAGACCUGAGAGAGCGAACGGGGGGCAGUUGGAGAAUGAGACUGCAGGGUGCUCUUCUCUUGGUGGGGGAAGCUGGGAACAGACUGGAGGAGAGAACAUGGCAGAAAAUCAGGGAUCUGGGAAGGGAAACCAGAAAGAUGGUGGAAGUGGGUAUGGUAGAAAGAUCCAGAGACUUACAAGUAAGAAACUGAGACUGUUAAAAAGCAAAGUGAACCGGAAGAGUUGUUCCUCAGAAUGGCAGAAUCCGGAACAGAUUGGAGGCAGGAAUGGUGCAGAGAUUCAAAUACAAGGGAAGAGAAACCUGAAAGGGGUGACAGGCAGUGAGACCCAGGCACCGGAGAGUGGUGGCCAGGAACAGCCAAGAAGGCAAACUGAUGGAGAGACCCAGACCCAAAGGCCAAGAAACCAGAACAUGGGUGCAGUGGAGAACACUGCAGAAAUCUGGGGUGUAGGGAGCCAGAGAAAAUGCCGACCUGAGGGUGCUACAGUGUCUCAAGCACCAAGGAGUGGAGACAAAGGUCAAGUCAGAGGCCUGGGUGCUGCCAGGGCCACGCUCCAAGGUGACAGUUGUGGGGGUGAGGGGCCCACAGACAGACAGUGCAGCCCAGCCCAGCUCUCACCUCUCACUGACUUUGGAGAUUGGGCCUUGAACCAGGCCCAGACAGCAGCUCCCUGUUCUGAGAUGAAGCCUCGCCCUCACUGGGGUGGGGAUUUCCUGAAGACCAGUGGGGCAGGAGAGCAGGUGGCCAGACACGGGGAGACCAGAGCGGAGACCAGCCCAGCCUCCCAGCAGCCCCAACCUGGAUCCCAGAGAAGACGGCGAAGGGACAAAAGGGUAGAUCCUGCAAAGGCCUCCGGCCCGACAUGGCAGCCUGGGAACCCACAGUGUCCCUGUGAGCCCUCUGCCUGCCCCUCUGUCUCAUGUGGCCGAGUCCCCCAUGCCACUAGAAUUCUGACAGGUGCUAGCACUGUCUCCCCAAAGGGCCCAGUCCUCAAGAAGAGCCGUCGGCUGCUUCUGGAGUCCCUCAUGCGAAGGAGGAUUGCACACCUUAAGUGGGGCCUCCCACGGCGGAUCUUGGAGUCUUAUCUGCUCUUUAGCUUCUUAGGCCCUAACUCAAUGCCCCUGGCUGGGGUGAGGCUGCCUGGGUUAUGCAUAAACCAGGAGCUCCGAAGACAACAGCAAAAGCAGUGUGCAGCCCAAGGAUUCACGCCAAGCCUUGAAUCUCCAAAGAAGCCUCCAAGAGUUCUACACUCUGAAAGAAAAAGCUCAAGUCUUCCCGCACAGGCCAGGGCUCUGGAGAAGCACAGAGGACACGGGUCAGCGCCAAUGGGCUCUUCCACCCCGCCUCAGAAGCCCAGGAGAACCAGGCCACCAGGGGGCGCCAGAGAACUACAGAUCCCGCAAGCGGUCCCCAGCAGCUUUGCAGAGCUUUGGAACGGUUGUGGCCCGGAACGCGCGUGGGAAUCUUCCAGUGGGAACAGUAGAGGCAGGACAGUGGUCAGUGGUCUCGGAGGUCUCUCAGUGGUCUCGGAGGCAGCGGAGAGGGCUCCCAGCAGAGCAACGACCUCCUCUUCCAGAGCCAGCCACAAUUACUGGAAGGAGUACACAUCUUCGGAGGCCUCUAGGUGCCCUAGACUCAAAAGUCGGCAUCCCACCUCCAGGACAAGAGGAAGCCCCGAGCCUGUGCAGGGUGGAGGUCCUGGGCAGCAGCCUCCUUCCUGUUCCCCAGAAACGUCUCGCUUCAGAGGGAGUCUCUAUUCCACUGCAACCAGGCUGGGAAAGACUUUGCUGAGCAAGAGGUCCUGGUAUCCACAGCUGGCCAGGUCCCAACUCUCGGCCCCUGACUUGAGCCUGCUUUCCAGCGAGGGGGAUCCACAAGCAGGGGAGGCUGCUUUGGAGUCCGACCCUCAGCCCCCAGAGCUCUGCUGGGCUGGGGCGGCUCUGCCUGGGACAGAGAGCCACCAGGGUCAGGGGGCUCCAUGGAAUCCGGCAGCUGCUCCCCCAAAGUUUCGUUUUAUGAAACAUUUGCAAUGUUUUUUCUUUCAGCGUGAUUUUAAAAAGUAGGACUCAGGCCGAGUCCUCAACAUGUGAGUGGUCCAC